AUGAACAAGGGAGCAUGGACAGCUGAAGAAGAUAGGAAAUUGGCUGAGGUUAUUGCAAUUAAUGGUGCAAAAAGAUGGAAGUCAAUUGCAGCCAAAGCGGCUCUCGAUAGGUGUGGUAAGAGUUGCAGGCUAAGAUGGUUGAAUUAUUUAAGACCAAACAUCAAGAGAGGCAAUAUAUCUGACCAAGAAGAGGACCUCAUCCUCAGACUUCAUAAACUACUAGGAAACAGGUGGUCACUGAUUGCUGGAAGAUUACCGGGUCGAACAGAUAAUGAGAUCAAGAACUAUUGGAAUUCUCAUUUGAGCAAGAAAAUAAAUCAUAAAGGAAAACAAAGCGGAGUUUCGACUAAAGAAGGCGAUAAAACUGGAAAAAAGAGCAUAAUGGUCAAUUUUGAGUUGAAAGAAGAGAACAAAUCAAAUAAUACAUGUGAAGAAGACUCGAAUGUAAAUUUUAAUGUGGAUGAUUUUUUUGAUUUCUCUAACGAAGAUCCUUUGAACUUAGAAUGGAUGAGCCGAUUCCUUGAAAUGGAUAAGUUUGAAUUCGAUGAAUCCAGCGUAUUAACCAGGACCGUGUCAACACUUUUGGUCAUGAAGAGGGGUUUGAAAUCGGUGAACUAG